CAUGGGAUGAUUCUCUGUUGUCUUCUCAGGGGCUCGGUUUGAUGAUGGUGCCGGGGGCGACAACGAAGUGCAGAGAACAAUGUUGGAACUCAUCAACCAGCUGGAUGGUUUUGAUCCUCGAGGCAACAUCAAAGUCCUGAUGGCCACUAACCGACCUGAUACUCUGGAUCCAGCACUCAUGAGGCCGGGGAGAUUGGACAGAAAGAUUGAGUUUAGCCUACCUGAUCUAGAGGGUCGGACUCACAUCUUUAAGAUUCACGCUCGCUCGAUGAGUGUUGAGAGAGACAUUAGGUUUGAGCUGCUAGCCCGGCUGUGUCCGAACAGCACUGGAGCGGAGAUCAGAAGUGUUUGCACAGAAGCGGGCAUGUUUGCAAUCCGAGCACGGCGGAAAAUUGCUACAGAGAAGGAUUUCUUGGAAGCUGUGAAUAAGGUCAUCAAGUCUUACGCCAAAUUCAGCGCUACUCCCCGCUACAUGACAUACAAUUGAGCUCCAGAGGCUCUGGCAACUUCCUGUGCUCGAGUAACUUGUUGACACCUUACAAAAAUAAAAGAUUUCAAAAUUC